AUGCCUCAGGCCAGCUCUUCGGCGACAGCCACCCCUGCAGAUCCUCAACCGCAACCUGACUCGGCAGAGCAGCCGGCAGAAACAGGACGAGGCACGACCCACACCAGAACGGCAGCAACGAGGCAAUCAGCUAGGAUCGCAAGUGUCGGCAUCGACACAGAUGAAGCAGCAGCAACCCAAGCAAGCUCAUCCAGAACAACACCGCUGCCUGGGGCACCAGCUAAGGCUACAGCCAAGCCAUCAGCAAAGCCAGCAACCAAACAAGCAGCCCCCAAGCAGACAGCCGCAGCCGCCACACAACCUGCACCAUCUCCACAGCCCCUGCCCGCUGCGGCACCAGUGCAGCAGACAUCGGAUAUUGCAGCGCUAUUAGCCUGUAUCGCACAACUCGAGAAAGAGCAAGCAGCAAGGGUCGCACUUCCCAUGGAACCGCACCCCAAGGCAGCCAACCCCACAUUGUUCGCAUCACCAGAAGAGGUGGAGAAGGCGAGGACCACCAUCAUUGCAGCCAAGCGAGACGAACCUAAGGUUUCCCUCCCUGACGUAGUACCAGGCUACAAGGCAAACCCCCUCGACACUGGAUACAGUGGUCAGCGCCUUGGGUCUUACCCAACCAACCCAAGGCACGCUAACACAGCUGUGCGCCUAUGUGCAGUCGACACCAACAUGCGAAACCAAAUGGAGCGACAGGCUCUGUCGCUAAAGGCGACCCAUAAGAUAUGCCAGGCAAUAGGCCAAACUCGUCGUUUUCGCCUGAUCAUAGAGUGGUCUGGAGGGUGGCUAAAGGCCGCCCACAAAAUUCGCGUUUUCACUAUGCUUCUGGUCACGGGCAUUAUCCAGCCCGUGCACCCACCAACCAUGAGAAGACGAGAGCUAACACCAAGCUCAUCGUUUACAGCCGUGCCACCCAAAGUCGACGAGGCGUUCAAAGCCUUCAAGUAUGUACCAUAUAGUACCCUCACCUCGUCGGCUCGCUGGCAGGCGAUAAGAAGUGGCGAGGAAGCCUUCACCAUAUCCGCAUCAGGCUCACUUAUGGCCAAGGGACUUGAUCGCAGGAACAAGAGAAGCAUCACACUGUCGGACUGGAUCGGGGCAGCCGACGCAGCAGAGGACCGCACAGAGCAUUACCAUGGAGUCGCGCAUGCGAAAGCACUAAAGGCACACCAUAGUGUGGUCCUAGGGCUCAGCCGUUCACACUCAUGGGACAUAGCAGUCGAAUACGACAUCCAGCAACGCGAAAUGGUCGCGCAACACCCACAACACAACCUAUCGCAGUUGGACGACAGAGCACUAACAAUCAUCGCAACGCGCAUAGUGGCCAGGCAGCCCACCAUAUCCGCACCGUAUAGCCAACCGCAGCUAAAGAGACCAUCACCAACGUCGUCAUCCCAGUUUCAGCAGCCGCCAAAGAAGAAAGCCAGACUCCAGUGCUUUCGGUGCGGAGGAGCAGACCACCUUCCAGGCGACUGCACAGCGGAGUCGACUGUCACUGGGCACCCAACGGCACGAAUCGCAUCCUCAGCCAAGAGCACACACGCCCUUGCCGCUCCAGGCGGAAAGAUCUUCUGCAUCGGAUGGGCGAGGUUCUCCAGCUGCCACUUCGCCAACGCGAACCUGCAGAGCAACCCGGCCUAG